AUGCACGAAUCUAUGAUGUCCCAUAUGGGUAUGGACCAGGAGCAACAUCACAAUCCACAAGAAAAUGGAUACGGCGGUGAAGGUUGGCCGGAAAUUGGUAGCAACUACAGUUCUUCACAACAUCAAUCACCAAUCUACGAAAAUAGGAUUCAAUAUGAUUAUAUGCAAUCUCAUCAUGGAUUGCCUACUGAACCUCAGUAUCCAAGAAUGGCCCCGCCGCCGACGACAUAUCCUACGCAUCACCAGCAACUUCUUCCUCUCAUAAUGCCAAAUCAUAACACGUGGCCGAGCAUGUUGACAAAUCCGGCAAACCCUCAAGUAAUGCCAGUUGCGAUUCCUCCUGCGAACUCUGGAAAGCUACCUCCAAAACUACCAGCUAGUCAUGCUACUCCGACUCCAAGGAAGACACUAACUGACAGUGAUCGAAGACGGAUGUGUCAAUAUCAUGAGGAUAAUCCUACUGUCAAGCAGACCGAGAUUGGAGCUAUGUUUGGUGUUGAACGAAGUACCGUCUCUAAAGUUUUACGCCAAAGAGAAAAGUAUCUUUUUCCUGAAGAUAGAAGCUUGUCUCCGGUUAAACGAGCCAAAGGAAAGUUCCCUGACAUCGAGAGGGCCCUUUCAAAUUGGGUGCGAAAUACCCAAAAGCAGGGAAUACCUCUUACCGAUGCUGCGAUUAAGGAGAAGGCAAGAUUCUUUGCCACCACUGUUGGCAACAACGAGAGUCACUUGAAAACAAAUAGCACAAGCUGGCUAGAGAAGUUCAAGCAGAAAAAUGGUAUAAGUAACCUCAGGAGAAGGGCAUCCGCGGCCGAUAUUGGCAGUCUUUCCGAACGCAUGGCAAUCAAUAUCAACUCAAGCAGAGGUCUCGGAUCGCGCAAAUCCAGUGGUGUGUCGCCUGCUUCGCCAUUACAGUCCCCUUUACCGUUGGCAUCCGCCAAGAGUAGUGAGGAUCUCAGGUCUCAUCAUAUGCAUGAUAGCUUGAACAGUUAUUUCGACUUUACACAAACAGCGAGCUACAAGCAACACUCAACUUCCCACAGCACAGUUUCUUUGUCUAGUGCAUUUACCGACAACAAUCCAUCGUCAUUUUCAGGAGGACCAACCAGUCCAACAACUCCAUUUUCAUUCUCUCCUGAUGGAAGUUCCGGGUCUUGGAUGCCAUCUCAGCAAUCUCGGGUAACCCAACAGUCAACGAACAACGGAAACGGCAAUUCGAUACUUUCGAUCACUGGAGAAGACUUGAACAAUGGGAUGGAUUCAAAUACUCCUGCUAGCAAUUUUCAACGUCCAAGAAGCCAAACCUUCCCCACUCUAGCAAUUGAUCCUUCAUUCAUCGCCUCGCAGGGUACAGAUCCUAUGACCCCAAAAUAUAAUCUACCGGACACAGCCCCUUCAUCAGCUGUCGAAUCGCCUGUUCAUGAAUUAGGCCCUCCUUUUGGAUUAGAUUCUGCAAUUUCGCCACGGUCUUUACAUCAUAGCAGCAGUAACAGCUCUAUGGCUCCCCCACCGGCAUCACUCACUCCCAUCAGCGGAUUACAAUCGCCUCCACACCUCUCAACACCGAACUCGCCUACUCAGGAUGAUGCACGCCGGGCGCUUGAUACUCUACUCAGUUUCUUUCAGCAAGCACCGACUGGGUUAGUGGAUCAGAAUGAGUAUCUGACGGUUCUAAAGUUAACCGAGAAGUUGCGAAUACAACAACAAAACCCUGGGCCUUCUUUACCUGGGGGCUUACAUCGGAUUUCGGAACAAGAAUGUGAGAAUCAACCGCAAAAUAUGAAGAUGGAGCAAUCCACGGCCUGUUAA